UUCAGAUAUAUUUGAGUAUGAUAUGGAAUAGAGGAAAGCUUGGUGCUGCUUAUUAUGAUACAAGUACUUGUUUAUUACAUCUAUUUUCCGAUCAGCCAGAAGUCAAUCCCGAUUUUCCUUUGGCGAAAUUAAUGUUAAAACAAGUACAACCAACAGUUGUUCUUAUAAGCUCAAGAACAGAUGAAAAUUUGAUUAAAAUUUUACUUCAACAUAAGAAUCUUACUGACUUAGAAGAUAUGAUGACUAAUCAGACAGAUAAAUUUAUUCAGUUUCUACCAUAUAUUCAGUUUUCAUAUGAAGCUGCAAGACAUUAUUUAAGAUUUUUGAAUAUACCUUCUAUCCCUAAAAACUUAAAUGAAACUGAAAAACAUAUCUAUCUUUCAGCAUUAAUAAAUUUUACAGAUAUUUCAUUGGUACGAUCAUGUGGAGCAUUAUUAAAUUAUUUGCAAAAGAAAAGAAUUGGAAUACAAUUAGAAGAAGAAAGUGCUUCUGUUCCUAUUCUUGGAAUAACUGCCUUUUCAUUGUAAGAAUAUAAAAUCUGUGCCUUAAGUAUACUUUAACUUUAAUUAUCAAAAGCAUCUCAUAAUUAAAUAUUCAAAUAUGGAGUCAUUUCAAAAUAUAAUAUACCAUAUUCAUCAAGCAUCUCUAUGAAUAUGAAAAAUCUAAUUCUUAGAGAUGCUUGGAAAGG